CUAAUCGGACCAAUUUGGGUUUCUCGCUGCCAGGUUCCGGGCUGUCGCCGGUCUUUCUAAGUAUUUGUGUAUUAUUACAGUUUUACACUAAAUCUGCUGGUGUUUUCGUGUCAUAUUGUAUUGUAAUCGUUCUUUUGUGUGUUUAAAAUCAUCAUGAAACCCCCGUACAAAAUUGCUGAUGAGAGCUUGGCAGAUCUUGGUCGCAAGCAAAUUAUGUUAGCAGAGAAAGAGAUGCCAGGACUCAUGGCAUGCCGCCGCAAAUAUGCUCCGCUCCAGAUCUUAAAGGGAGCACGGAUAGCUGGCAGUCUGCACAUGACUGUGCAGACUGCUGUGCUCAUUGAAACGUUGAUUGAAUUGGGUGCUGAAGUCCAAUGGUCAAGUAGUAACAUCUACAGUACACAAGAUGAGGCUGCAGCAGCUUUGGUGGCAAGAGGAAUACCGAUUUAUGCUUGGAAGGGGGAAACGGAAGAGGAAUAUACCUGGUGCAUUGAACAGACCCUCAUAUUCUCUGAUGGCAAGGCCUUGAACAUGAUUCUGGAUGACGGCGGCGAUCUUACAAACUUAGUACAUGCAAAGUUCCCUCAAUUAUUAGAGGGAGUUAAGGGACUUUCUGAAGAAACAACCACUGGUGUACACAAUCUAUACAAAAUGUUCCGUGAGGGACGUCUGAAAGUGCCUGCAAUCAAUGUAAAUGAUUCAGUAACAAAGAGCAAGUUUGACAACUUAUAUGGUUGCAGAGAAUCCCUGAUUGAUGGAAUCAAGAGAGCCACUGAUAUCAUGGUGGCUGGAAAAGUCUGUGUAGUAGCAGGAUAUGGCGAUGUAGGCAAAGGAUGCGCGCAGGCAUUUAAGGGAAUGGGUGGCAGGGUCAUCGUAACUGAAAUAGACCCAAUCAAUGCCUUGCAAGCUGCAAUGGAGGGAUUCCAAGUCACUACUAUGGAAGAAGCAUCUGAAGUUGGUCAAAUCUUUGUAACAACUACUGGCAACAUUGACAUCAUCCUCAAAGAUCAUUUUGUCAGAAUGAAAGAUGAUGCUAUUGUUUGCAACAUUGGUCACUUUGAUUGUGAAGUCGAUGUUGGGUGGUUGGAAAACAAUGCGAAUAAAGUGAACAUUAAGCCUCAAGUUGACCGUUAUGAACUUCCCAAUGGAAAUCACAUCAUAGUUCUUGCUGCUGGACGUCUAGUGAACUUGGGUUGCGCAACAGGACACUCCUCUUUUGUUAUGUCUAAUUCUUUCACUAACCAAGUAUUGGCUCAAAUUGAACUUUGGACUAGACACAAUGUUUACCCUGUUGGAGUUCACACUCUGCCUAAAAAGUUAGAUGAGGAAGUGGCUGCACUACACCUUGAACACCUUGGUGUGAAACUCACAAAGCUGACUCCGAAACAGGCUAAGUAUAUUGGAGUGCCACCAGAGGGACCAUACAAACCAGAUCACUACAGAUAUUAAGAUUAAACUUUGUACACCACCUUAAAUGCUAUUUUUUCACAUUUUGUAUUAAUGAUGGUGAUGUUAAAAAACAACUUGACUUGUACAUAAACUGAACUACAACUUGUUCUGAAUAAUGUAAUAAUUCCGACUUGCCGUUACAGUGCAUAGAUCUUAUUAGAUGAUUAAGAUAAGACAAAGAAUAAAAGAGGGGUG